UCUAAUUUUGUUUGCAUCAUUGCCUUUUCCAUGCUGUUAGAAGAUGUUCAUAUAAAUCUAAAUUUCAAAUGACUGAAUAUCGAACUUGUUAAUUUUAUUACAAGAGACUCAGAGCAGUUGGACUAAUACCUGACUACAAUGGCGGAGAAGUCUAAACUGCGGUACACAGAAAUAGACGGCGUGGAAACCACCGACAUAGAGAACUUCCCCUACUCCGCCAUUAAAGCCCUGGGGGCCGUACAGAUCGGCCUGGGUGUCACGUGUCUGGUCCUGGGGCUGCUGGAUAUAUUCCUGUAUCUCUUCCUUGACGACGAGUUGGUAAUGGCGGGAGAUACCACGCUGAUGACGCUAACAAUAACCUCCUCCCCGAUCUGGUGCGGCCUCUGGUUCAGCGUUGCUGGUUGUAUGGCAGCUUGUAUGAAUAAAAGAAAUAAGUCCAAUUUAAACUAUUUUAAAAUGACGUUUUUGGUGCUUAGCAUCCUUUGUUCCGCGUUGUUUGCCCCUGUGUGUUGUAUCCUUAAUAUCGUUAUGGCCAUCCUGCGUCACGAAUUAGAGCCUGAUUCCUAUCGCUGGAUGGUGCCUAUUCUUAUUGCUUUCUUUUCCUUCAAUGAGCUGAUCUUCGCCAUUGCUUCUGCUUCCAUUUGUUGCUGCUGCGCUCCAAUCAGGACCACACAGAUUCGAGUCGUAAUGGCCAGACAAGUCACGGACGCUAAGAUGAAUUCAGUCGGGGCUUCAGGAAGAGAAAAGAGCAGCGACUCCUUGGAAAUAUUUACCACUACAGAUCGGCAUGGAAAUCCACUAAAACCGCCCUUACCGAAGGACAAAAAAGAGGAACUUCACCCAGCAGAUCCCCCAAACGUCGUCAACCCCCCAAAAAUCUCCAACAAAAAGCCGCCAGACGAGAACGACUAUCGACCAAUUACCAAGGAGUCCAGCUACGAGAAGAUGAAGAGGCUGGUGUUACCUAGCGCCUCCAUGCCGCGAACUGAGGAGAUAGAGCCCAGAGAGCAGUUCUGACAAUGUACUCUAAGAGUCAUUUAUUUAAUAUUUAUAUUUGUAUUUAAUUUAUUAUCUUCAGAGAUUUACUUGAUGUACAAGAAAUACUGCUUCUGUGUCCCUUUAGCAUAAAGUGCUUAUACAUUUACAG